CGACAAAUGCUGCACUCAGUCUUGCUGCAGCUGGAGGGGCCAUCAAGAGACGCGCGCCGAGAUGCAUAUAUGGCUCUCACUGGGGCCAUCAAAUCGUACAGUCGAGUGCCUGAUGCACAGUCCUUAGCCGAAAAAAUGGCUCGCCUGACGCAAUGCUUGUCUCGGGAUCUGGCCUGGAAAGACCCCACUGGUCAUCUAGACGUCCAGGUUGUGCAGAUGGCCCUGAGUCUGACCUGCGCUAUCCUUUUCGAUCCCCAGACUCAGGAUUUGUUCGACCUCGACUUUCACGCGUUCGUCAUUGAUCGGUCGAUAUUUGUGCUGGAACAAGCAGGGAUGGCCAAGGGGGUGGUGAAGGGCCACUUGCAUCUUCUCUGCGUGCAACGCUUUCCACGCGCCGCGUUCGGAGGUGGACGAGCAGAGCGCCUCAUCCAUGUGAUGCAGAACCUGGAAGCCCGCAACAGCAUGGUCGCGGCCCGUCUUGUCAUUUACCAACGCCUCAUUGAACGUGCUCCUACUACUAUGCUCAACAGGGUCAAAGACUGGAUCGAACACAUCUUUCAUGCCCUUCUCAGCAGUGUGAACGACGUUCAGCGGAGGGCAAUCGACGUGUGCACACAGAUGGGCAUGCUGCUCGGUCAUCACCCACAAGUAGCCAAGGCAAUAUCAGAGCUGUGCGAGAAAGAACUUGAGGAGGGUCAGUGCUACGGUGACUACCUCAACAUGCAAUUACUUCAGAUGACUUCCGAUAAAGUGAAAGCUCCCCUGGUCCCCGAAAUCUGGGUUGCGGUCAUCAUGUGCUUUCGAAGCAAGCGGUGUCCCGUCGGAAAAUGGCCCAAGUUCAGAGACUGGCUCUUGACCAUUCAGAAAUGUCUGAACUCGAGUGAUAUGGCCGUGAAAAGGCCUGCCAACAUCGCUUGGAACAGGCUCGUCUACGCAGUAAUGCCAGACUCGUCAACUUCCGAGCUCUUGCGCUCCAUGCUAAAGGUACCAGUUCUUGCAGGUCUGGAGAGACGCGGAUGCAGUGAGCUUUCUCAGCAACUACGACAGCUUUCCCUCGACAGCUAUUGCAACCUCAUUCACUAUGCCAUGCGUCCAGAACUGGCGCACGAAGAAUUGGAUAUUGCAUGGGACAUGUAUGUAGGACCGGUACUCACCAAGAUCUCGACUGGAAGCAAAGGUCGUAACACUGCCUUCCGCGUUCUGCACGGAUUACUCAAGAAGACAGAUGGUACCUGGAAUGCCAAUGCUGCGAAUGAGCGCAAUCCGAUACAGCCUGAUGAUCUGCCCAGCCUAGACGUGCGAUGGGUACGAUCGCGAAUGGCGAGAUUUAUGGCCGUCAUGGAACCGUUGACACUUUCGCAACUUUCCAUGACUCUCGACACACAGCACGCAAUGGAUAACUGCUGGCGCUCGUUGAUAACUGCAGUCGCGGACGCUGGUAGUCAAGAAGUGAAGGCGUCAAACGAGCUCAAGGAUGCGAUUGCAUUGAUUGUCAAUUUCCUCCACCGGCUAUGGAAAUCUGGCGCAGCCUUCACCGCAGAAGAUGAUAGCCAAAGGUGGCUCAAUAGGUACCAGAACAUGCUUGAAAAUGCAGUGGUAAGCCUUGGAUCGCUACACUUCGUGGACGACAUUCUGGUCAAGACGAGCGCGGAUGACAUCGAGGCUGCGCCAACACCAUCUCACCGGCAGCCCAAACAGCAACCGAUGACAUGUUCCCCAUUUGUUCUGCUGUUUGGUCUUUACUACGAGCCUCCUCUUGCGCUCCGUGCUUCCGGCGUUAUGCAAAAGUCGGCAGUGUGGUUCCUGCGCUUGCUGGCUGGCGCCAAGAUAUCGACUUCGGCGCUGCUGGGCUUAUUACAGAGAUCGCUGCAGAACAAGACAGACAAUCUGUCGCCCGAGCUGGAACAUAUCUAUGGGCAACUGUGGACAGCCGUUGCUGAUAUGGCAACACAAACCUUGAAGAUGCAGUCCUCCGUGUCUCCACAGCGGGAUACAUUCGUCAUGGGAGUGGCGCUGAAGGCCACUACCAGCAUCAUUCUAAGCGGUCUUCGAUACAGAGAGGCAGACUGCCAGCAGAAAGUGGUGCAGAUGUACAAUGCCGCAUGUCACUCUGCGCGACAUGUCGCUAGCGACGGAGGCAUUGUUCUCGCUGUGAUGGAGCCUUUGGCGAGACUGAUCGUAGAGCAGUCCUCGCAGCUUUCAAUGGUUUCGAUUCUGCGACUGGCGAGCACGAUAGCCGAGAGUGGCGUAUGGCCAAGCACGCGCUCAGAGCUUGACGAGAGUCGAAAGGCCCUGUGGACCGUCAGCCUUGAACCCUGCAAAAUGCAAGUCUUUGAUCCUUUCGAUCACGUGUACAGCUUCUUCAGCUACACCCUCGAAUCGUCAUAUCAGAGUCUUGCUGAUUUCAAGGGUGGUGAGGAAAAGCUGGUGUCGAUGCUCAUGUCCUCGCUCGCGAGCUUUUUGCAGCGAUGCCCGCCCACGCUUUUCCAAACCGCUCUCGACAAACUACAGCGAGGCUAUGCUACUUGGGCUGAGGAUCAUCAAGGCUUCGUGUUCCCAUCAGGAGACGUGCCUCGCACGGAGGACGAACAAUCUGAAAAAACCCGAACUUUGCAGCUUGGGAUCAACGAGUCUUGGUCGCAGCUGCUGUCAUUGGUGACGGAGAAGCUCUCCAUUCCGAAGGGCCUGCUGCUCGAUGUCCUGGAGCCACUACUCAUCGCAGGGUUUUCGAGUCGCAGCAAUUCCAUAGUGAACGCCACUAUCGGUUUCUGGAAUUCCACAUUCGCCAAGCAACAACAGCUUGAUUAUCCCGUCAAGCUGAGCCCUGUGCUUCGUGCCAGGCAAAUACAGUCCGACUUGACUAUUCCUGAAUUUCCUCGCCUCCGUGACGACGUCCGGUCCGCGGGCCUCCCAGUAUGUGGCGGAUCACAGGCACCCGCGAUCGUCGACCGGCGACACCUGGUCAGCGGCAAUCGUGCUACUCCACUUCACCAUAAGCGAUCGUCGGAUAACUUUUUCAUUAAACAACAUUUGGCCGCACAAUGUCUUCCUUCUGAAUCACGCUCAAAUUCCUCUGAAUCUUCUGAAACGACAACACGGCCGAAGACUGAUGAUUCGCAAGCGCAUUUCACCCCUGUCGAGCCGUUGUCAAGUACUACAAAUCCGGAACCUCAACUGUGGACUGCACGACAACAAGAGGUUAGAGCUCGACAGCGCGAUGAUGCGCAGGCAUAUGCCUGGCUACCCUCCAGUCCCUUGGCUCCUCCUUCGGUGUCUCGCGAGCAUAUUCCCCAAAAGUUGAAGUUCGUGUCGGACUUGCGCCGUACGGAGACUGGAGACAUUGUCAUUACGCCGAAAGGCGCCAGGGAUGUCGCACUUUUCAACGAUGAUAUACAAUCAUCGCCUACGCCCUCCAGGGGUAAGGAAAGCGUCUCGUCUACGGCAGACUGCACGGUCGAAAUCGAUGAAUAUAGCGAACUUCACUCGUCACCACCGGAAUUGGCCACUGGAGGGUCCUCUAGUGCUGUAAUGCCAGCAGCUCAAGCGGGUAUCAGCUCCUCAGAACACUUUUCUUCACACAAUGCUACUGUUAACGAGUCUACUAAUGUGGAGAUGGCAGUCGCUGACUCCGAUUUGCCAUCGGACACACAGCUCCCCAGUGCACAACUGCAACUUGAAGAGGAGGCCGCAGUGUCAUUGUAUGAUACCGAUUUGGAGACGAGAAUGACGCAUGUACGAGAAUAUGGCACGCCCAAGAAAGUGCCGGUAUCGCCAGAGACGCCCUCUAGGAUCGAAGAUACAAUUUUGAACUCGCGCAAUCACAUUAUUUCCACACCUUCGGACACCGGUACAACUGACUCGAAAGUAUCGAGAUCGUCCAGAAAGCGGAAACGCACCGCGGAAACGGCUCACAUUGCGAGGAAACGCAAGCCAGCGUCGCCCUUCAACACGUUCAUGUCUUUAUUUAGCAAUGCGCAAGAAGAGCAAAUCGGCGAGGAGAUCGUAGUGGCCACGAAUCCAUCUGCAUCGUCGCCUCACACCGAGGCUGUGCAUUUGACGCCGGUAACAUUGGAGAAUGCGUUGGAGCACGACGGCAAGGCAAUCGCGACACUUCCAGAAGGUCCCUCGAACGAAGGUGUCACGAAACGCAAACGUGGACGACCUAGAAAGUCAGAAUCGCAGGACAUGGAGAGAUUAGUAUCUGCGCAGACCAGAGGUCGAAAACGAGCUUCAUCAGCACUAAGUGCAGACGGAUCUAGUGGGGAUACCUCGUCGCAGCGGAAACAGCGGCGCCGAGUCGCACACCAAGCAGAUCAGGAAGCCAAGAAGGGCGCUAUGGCGCCUGCCCACAUAACAGCUGUUGACGAGCAGACUGCUUCACCACAACUUGAAGCAAGGCAGAUGGCACAACCGCAGAGUAUUCUUGGUCGUCUGCGGGGCCUUCUUGCGGAUUGCAAGAACAUGAUUCUUGGCUCGCAAGAAGAGGAACGGGAAUUUGAUGAUGUCCUGUUUGAGAUUAGGCGGGAGGUGCACCAGCGAGCUCAAUACUAAAAAGCCUUUUUCCUUCAGAUAGAAGAACGUAAAGCUCGUAUCAGGUCAAUGAUCUGAUCAUGCUUGCUCAUGAUGCCCCCAAGUCGUCCCUGCCAAACAAGCCUUGGCCCAAAGAGAUUAGGUAGCCAUAUCUCGUAACCAUGGUUGGGUCGAAAGUGGGCUCCGUGACACCUGCUGCAGCAUUCGCAAGGUCGUGUAGUCCAUCGCCGUACUGCAACAUGGCCUCCCUCUUCUUGGCAACAAGAUCACGCACUGCUCCGUCCCAGCCUUCACUUUCCAAUCUUCCAGCUAGUCCACGACCUGUGCCGAGACAUUCUGCCAUUUGAUCGAGACCUUUGAGCGCUUCAAUGCGGGUCUUUGGUACGUCACAAAGUUCGCAAAGAGUCAUGGCAGCGAGUGCACCGAAGUGGUGGUUGAGAGGCGUGACGGGAGUGAGACGGCUAUUCAGCAUAGUCGCCACCUUCACAGCGUGGCCGACGAGCUCCGAGGGCUCGGUGACAGGAUUCAUACGCUUGAUUAGAAGAUGACAAUGAUGAUAACUCAGGUGCACUAGAUUCAACGAUCCCCAAACAGACUCGACGGAUUCCCGGAAGCGAUCUAUUUCUCCGGCUAGUGUGAGUCCAAGUAGAGACGAGGCGGGAUUCGAUGGUGCCAUGACGUCGGUCGAGGGCGUUUUGGUAGUGGUCAGAAUCGCAGCCAGAUGCCCAAUGAUGAAGGACAGCCUGGCAAGAUUGUAUGUGGACUCUCCAAGCAGUAUUUGGUCCUCAGGUAGGAGCACAACACUGUUUUCGGGGAGUUUUAGGAGAUCAGCUGUGGAUGAUGCGUGCCACCGAUCCAAGAUGAAUAGCACCCACCAUACGCGGCGAGCCAAGCGCUCUUCGGAGUCCCUAUCUCCUUCCAGUAACGACUGGCUCGUGGUGCGUAUGACAUUGAUUUCCAGCUGGCCUGCCACGCCAGCUGCGCGACCAAGCCACUCGGCGCGACUAGGCCCCGCCUGGCCUCUGAUCGUGGCAGGACCAUGAUUGUCACUCUCCAGUGCCAUUAUAAUCAGAGUCUGUAGGUAGGUAAGAUUCGUGGCACUGGUAUGAGAGCUCGGGUUGUCGAAAGGAUAUUGGGCCAACAAUUCUGCGGUACGCUUCAAGGCCUGUGCGUAGUCGGGGUUUGGGGCCAAGGUCGUGGUUGGGAAUGUUCGCAUGAGACAAUCAAGGCCUGCCAGGAAUGCGUCUCUCAGCGAUGUCGGACACUCUGCCAGCCGUUGACGAAGGCGGUGCUUAUUAUUGGGCAGCAGUGGAAAUGUUUGGUGUAUUAUGCGGUAGUACUCUUCAAUAACAGUCUCAUCCCAGUCGAAGCUGGAAACCGUACUAUUGUGCGGAUCUGCGUCGUAUGAGAGACCCACAGCCUCGCGACGAUUUUCGUGGGCUGCACCGUAUCGAAAGAAUGGUUGCGCAGCCAGAGAUUGGGCUGGAUGGUGCGCUUGGGGAGUGAAUUGUGCUUGUUGCGCGUGACCCAUGGGCGCAUUAGGUACAGGCAUCUGUGCACCCUGCAAGCCAUCGGCGAUAUCGUGGCUUCUCUUCUCACCCGAACGAGGAUCACGCAACAUCCUGGGGUCAUAAGGGUAGCUUUGUAAACCUUCUGCCAUAGCUUGCUGCACUUGCUGGAUCUCAUAUCGAUGCUGCUGCUCCAGGUGAGGAGGAUGAACUUGCUGUUCCAGAUUGUUGAGCCGUUCGGCCAAUUCCUUGAUGUAUCCUUUGCUUGGUCCGCGCUUCAUAGGCUGACGGCUAAACGCACAUCGAGCGCCCGUUCUGGCACAGUUUGUACACGGGACACUACCAGUCUCAUCGAUGGCAUCGCAACGUAUUUUCUUGCGUCUGCACUCGUCGCAGGCGCGACUGACUUUGGUGCGUUUGUCCUUGUGCUUGUCUGGAGGGAGAGGUGCAGCGUCUACCGAUCCACUUGCUUGUGCAUAGGCGACUGAGCCUUGCGGAGCGCCUGCAGGCAGCAUUUGCACACGCGCUUGACCAAAGGGGCCGAGAUUGCCCAGAUGGCUGCUGCUGGGCGCACUAGGCGCGAGAUGGGGACGCAAGGGAGUGUUGCUAUUGGUAUUGCUGGCAUUAUCAUUGAUAUGGCUGUUGUCAGGCACUUCGCGGCGCGUGUCCCUAAUCUCUCCGCCCAGCGAGGCAGGUGAGCCCCCAGCUCCAUUGUCGUUUUCGUGGCCGUUUUCGUGGCCAUUGCCUUCGCCGCCUUCAGGCCCGAGCCCCGCUACCGAGUUCUCAUGCUGCUGUUGCUGUGGCUGUUGCUGGUGCUGGUGGAGGUGCGGGUGUGGGUGCGACGGCGGCGGUGGCUGGUGAUGAGGCUGCUGCUGCUGCUGCUGCUGCUGCUGAUGCUGCUGAUGCUGCUGCUGCUGAUGUUGCUGCUGCUGCUGCUGCUGCUGCUGUUGUUGUUGUUGUUGGCUGUGGUGUUGUUGUUGCGCCGAGGGGUCGUGCUGCUGGUAAAAAGGCAAGCCGUUGGUGCGAGGCGGCGGCGACGGGUAUCUAUCGGCGGCGUCGGCCAUCGCAGCGCAUGUCACCGGCGUGCAUCAAUCGUGGCGGUGGAGAGGAGGCGGAGAGCUCGUGGUGGAGGCGGCGGCGGUAAAGUGGUGUUGGUGGUG